GAAAAAUAUUUGAACGAAUCUGAAUGUGCAUGUGAUGAUGCAACCAAACGCGCAGCAAUUUAUUUUCCGCUGCUGUAAAAUAACUUGCAAACCUAUCCAUUGCGCAGGUGCGCCAUACCUGGCGCAGAUGCGACGCCAUAUUUCAAUUUCUGCGAAAAAGUGACGCCGGUUGCGAAAUUACUACGUAUAGGGCAUUGACUACGGCUCCAGGAUUUUCCUAGAGCCGUCCUGCGUUUUAUUUUUUAACUUAGGAUUAACUUAUAAAUUUUGUAGGAUGUACCGGGGACGCGGCGCCGGAGGCCGCGGUGGCCGGCCGUUUCCCCUGCGCGGCGUCCGACCCGUCCAGAUGAAGCCCGGCCGCGGCCGCCCGGUCGGACCGCCCGGCUUCUCUCCCAGCCGCGGGCCGCGGCCGCUGCUGGAGCCCGGCUGGGCGCCGCGGCCGCCGCCACCUCCUCACAUGAUGCGCGGCAUGGGCCCGCGGCCGCCGCCGGCGCCCUACGCCUCGCCGAUGCGCGGCCGCGGCGGACCCCCGAGAGGCCGCGGCGCGCCGCCCCGGGGCCGUGGCGCGCCGCCCGCCAGUCCCGCAGCCAGGGGGUUCUCAUCCAGCCGCUCACGUGGAGCCACCAGAGGCAGGGGACGGGGAGCCGGCAAAACUCAGACCACCAUCAAGAACGACAUCAAGAGCAGCAAAAAUGAAAAGCAGCGGGACGAGAUCGCUCUAUCCCGGCCGUGGAUCAACGACGCGCUGCGGGCCGAGAUAAAGAAAAAGUCGGAGCUGCAGGCCAUCUCGAUGAAGUCCAAGUCGGAGAAGGACUUUGAAGCGUUCAAGGAGCAGCGCAACAAGGUCGGCAACAUGCUGCGCGCCGCCAAACUCGAGUACAUCGGCAUGCAGGAGGAGGAGGACGUGGACAAGAUUAUGGCCGACGCUCGGCAAAAGACAAAGGAAUCUAUGACCGAAACCAAAGGCGAGGUGAAAACUGAGAACGGUAACGGCACGUCGGACGCGGCCCCGGCGGAAGCGACCGCCAACGGAGAGGCCGCCGCUGACGCCCCAGUCAAGACGGAGCCGGCGGCGGAGGCGGCCGCCGUCUAGCACCUGGCUCCCGCUCAAGCCCCUGCGGCCUACCUGUCUUAUGUUGGUCCCCGCUCCAUCGCUCCCUGUGUUCAGCCCCGUGAAGACUGAGCCGCCGCCCGGCGGCGGCUGCGCGAGAUUACAGUUCACUGACAGCCCGAUAGAUGGAGGGCGAUACGCCGUGUUGUGAGAGGAAUGACGUACCGUCGGUAGGUUUCCUCGGCCGGGCGAGGUCACACCCCGCCCCGCGGGAACUGUGGGCCAUUCCCGUGGAAUGGCGUGCUUAUGUUGAGGCGAAUUGGCGGCGGACCGAGCGCCUGCCUCCCCAGGAGAGCCGCAGCCCACAACCUCAGUUGGUUUUUACAGUACAACGGCGUCGGACCAUGCGUUCAUCUGAGGCGGGCAGCUGAGGCCCGCAGGUACCCGUGGCGAGAGGCCAUUUUUGUACGUGCUUCUGGCAUUCAAUACACGGGUCAUUCCUGGCA